UUAAAAUCAAAUUAGACAUCAAAUUUUCUUAUAUUAUUACAUCAGAAGCUUCUUAAUUUUAUAUGUUUAUUUUUAAUAAUCUCUUACACACCCACUAAAAGUGCUGAGAUCUGCAACCUUGUUCUCUUCUAUACUUCAACUCUCACACACCACAUUAACCCCCUCUUUCUCUCUCUAAAACCUGUUUGUCUUGGCUGUCUGAAAACUCCUGUUUUUAUGUCCAAAUGUGGUUGGGGGAAAGUGAAAGGGAUGAAUGCAUAGAAACAUCCCUUGGAAUGAUGAUCAAUUGAAGAGGGUGAAAGGAAUCAAAGAUGUUCAAGGCUGGAAGAUGGAGGAGUGAGAAGAACAAGAUCAAAGCUGUUUUCAAGUUCCAGUUUCAUGCUACCCAGGUGCCGGAGUUGGGAUGGGAAGCCAUGGUUGUAUCUUUAGUUCCUGUGGAUGUUGGAAGACCAACUCUGAGAUCAGAAAAGGGUGAAGUGGUUAAUGGAGUUUGUCAUUGGAGUAAACCGAUCUGGGAAACAGUGAAAUUCAUUCAGGAUCCAAAGUCUGGAAAGAUCAAUGAAAAAGCUUACCAAUUUCUUGUUUCAGCUGCUGGAUCAACAAAAUAUGGAUAUUUGGGGGAGACGACUAUUAACCUUGCGGAUUAUGCCGAUGUUUUCAAGCCUUCCUCUGUUUCUCUGCCACUCAAGGGAUCGAACACGGCUGCGAUCCUACACGUUAACAUACAGAGAAUGCAAGGUGAUGAAGAGAGAAGAGUAACUGAUGAACAUGGAGCUAUGAUUGUCGGGCAUCAACGCAAAACAUUGCAAAGCCAGCUAAGCAAUGAGAAAGAUGAGAUCGGGAAACUUGCCUGUGAUGUAGAUGUCAUAAAUUCUCCCAAGCAGGAAAGCUUGUUUAUUGAUAGUCCGGCAGAAAAGAAAUUCCAGUCUAGCAGGAAUAUGGUUUACCAUUCUGACUUCAAAAAAUCUGAUGGCUCUGAUGCUAUAUCAAGGUCCUGCUCGGAUAGCAGUUCAGGACAAUAUAGCCCAAAACUGAAUGGAGUUUUCAAUAGCAACUCUCAACAGGACUCCGUUACUCUACUCUCACCCCUAUGCAAUAGUGACACUCCUCGAAAUGCAAUUGCCAGUUCAAUAGAAUGGUCUGCUACUUCAGGUCCUGAUGGAAAGAUGGAUGAGUCAAUUACCAGUUCAGGGGAAGCUGGGUUGAGAGAAAGACUGUAUGAUCCUGACAUUAGUCUUGAGAAGCUCAGAAGUGAUGCAAUUACACUAGUAAGACGGUUAGACAUAUCAGAAUUGGAGUUGCAAACUCUUCGAAAGCAAGUUGUGAAGGAAAGCAAGCGAGGGCAAGAUCACUUAAGGGAAAUCAGUAGCUUAAAGGAGGAGAGAGACACAUUGCGAAGAGAAUGUGAAGAACUUAAAAAUGUGCAGAAGAGAACUAACAAUUUGAAUGAGUCGCAAAAGAUGUGUUUUGAUGGUGAAGAUUUGAGGUCCAUGCUUGAAGAAAUUAAAGAAGAAUUAAGCCAUGAGAAAAAUUUGAAUGCAAAUCUUCAAUUGCAACUACAAAAGACAAAAGAAUCCAACUCUGAGUUGAUUCUGGCUGUGAGAGAUCUGGAUGAACUGUUGGAACAGAAAAAUAGGGAAAUCUCUAGUGCUGAUGAUACAAAAGUGGCUCGGAAAAUAUAUGAGAAUUACCAAGAUAAUGGGAAUAAUUCUCCACAUUUGAGAAGUUGUAAACACAAUCAAGAAUUCUUAGAAACCAUGGUGCAACACCAUGAUGACGAGCAGUAUGCGCUGGAAGUUCUAGUGAAGGAGCAUGAUGUCGGAGUUAAACAUUCACUUGAACAGCAGAUCAUAAGUCUGAAAAGUGAGGUAGAUCUCUACCAGAAGGACCGUGAAGAACUAGAAAUGCAAAUGGAACAGCUCGCUCUUGACUAUGAAAUUCUAAAACAGGAAAACCAUGAAAUCUCAUCUAAGCUUGAACAGAUCCAAUUGAGAGAACAACUACGAAUGCAGUAUGAAUGUUCAGCGCAUUUAUCAAUUAUUAAUGACCUUGAAUUCAACAUUGAAGGCUUAGAGAAAAACCUUGAAGAGCAGGCAGAGGCAUUUGAAGCUGAUUUGGAAACUGUAACCCGUGCGAAGGUUGAGCAAGAGCAAAGGGCUAUACGAGCAGAAGACGCAUUGAGGAACUCAAGGAGGAGUAAUGCUAAUACUGCUGAAAAGCUUCAAGAGGACUUCAAAAGGUUGUCUGCACAGGUGUCAUCUACGUUUUAUGCAAAUGAGAAGUUGGCCAUGAAAGCAAUGACUGAAGCUAAUGACCUGCGUUUGGAAAAAUUCAAUUUAGAGGAACUGCUGUGGAAAUCUAAUGAAGAGCUUAUGCUGGUGAAAGAUCAAUACCAUGUGAAACUUCAGCAGCUAUCAAAUCUUUUUGACAUGAAGACAAAAGAAACAAGUAAAUUGUUUCAAGAAGUUGAAAGCAAGAGUGCAGCAUUGGAUAAUCAGAGGAAAUAUAAUGAAGCAUUAAAAAGGGCUUUCUUAGAGGAAUUGCUUGCGCUUAGAGUUGACGUUGAAAGACUUGAAAAAGAGAAAAUUCAUCACUCUGAACUGGUACAGCAGAGAGAAAAGCUGAUAGGUAAGAUGAAACAACUGAAAUCAGCAUUGGAAGACAGUGAAAUGAUGGCACAUAAUAGAAACAUCGAUGGAGGUCUGCUGGAGCAAGAAAUCAUUUCCAUAACGGAAGAAACAAAUAAAUCUUUGGAGCUAAAGGAUUCAAGCCAUUUAGGAGAUGAAGAGGAAACGAUGAUCAAUAACCUAAAUUCUGAGGUAGAAAAAGAGAACUCAAGGAACGAAGUGCUCUAUCUAAUGGGUGAACUUCAAAAUGUGGAGAACAUGGAUGGUUUAAUAACUAAAAAACUUGAGGAUAGUGACACAAGAAUUGCCGUUUUUGAUGGAGCUACAAAGACAAUUGUGGAGAAAAAGAAUGUUAAAUCUGGAUUACCACCUCACAACACCAAGGAAGUUGGUGCAUUGCAGGAGAAAUGCAGACUUCUUGAGCAAGAAAUAGAGUUGAAGGAUACCAAGAUAGAGGAUACACACUAUUCAUUUUUGGAAAUGGAGGACAUCAAUGAUGCAGGCAGCCAAGAGAAGAUGGUUUGUUGUAAAGACACGGGUGAUAAGGUAGAAGAUGUCAACAUUGAUGGCAAGAAUAUCAAUACUGUUAACAACAGUGAAGUUAAACACAUGGGUGGAGAUCUACUAAUACCGAGGUUAGGAGAUAAAGCAUUCAUGCUUAGUCCGAGCACAUUCAAUAGGCUGCUAUACAUGAGCAUUACUAAAGAUGGCUCAGAGAGAGAAGAAAGCUUCGUAGCAGGUACCUGUGAUCGGGGCUAUAUUGCUGAAAUUUUGAGUGAAGUAGCAGUUCUGAAAGAACACAACAAGGCUAUGGAAGCUGAGCUGAAGGAAAUGCAGCAAAGAUAUUCAGCGAUAAGUCUCAAAUUUGCAGAAGUAGAGGGUGAAAGACAACAGCUUGUAAUGACCAUCCGUGGUCUUAAAAAUGGCUCAAAGGGUUAGUUCUUUUGAUAUGAUAGGAAAAAGGCUUCUGUAUAGGCAGACAAUUGGACAUUCUAGGCAGCAGAUCCCGGGCUUGGAAGGUCAUUGAGCCUUCAUGACCGCAAAAA